AUGGAGCCCGUCACGAUAGGUGUCUGGAGCAUUUAUGGAGCGUUUUUCGCAUUGCUGAUGGUAGUAGCAGGAGUUUCAUGCUAUGCAAAAAGACAGCUUGCCAAAAGAGGUGUUGUGAAUCCGAUCCAUCCGGCUUCCACUGAGCCCUUUUCUGACCCUGGAAUUGAAAUAUUCUGUGAUGAGGAAGAUGAAGUCAUCUGGAGUGUUGAAAAUCCUCUUAGAAUCAACGAAGACAACGAAAACGAAGCCAUGGAGAAAAGCUCAGAAGAUCAAAAGCUGAAGACUGAAGCCUAA